CUCUCUGCUGGUGGACCAGAGCAGUCUGCUUUAAAGACCGAACCAGCGAUAGACUUUAUAAACUCUGAUCACAAUUUCAGAAAUCUAUUUCCUACCCAUUUUAAUUCGAGCAAGUAUCUAAGAGAUUUUGGGAUCAAAGAGCCAUCUUGCGCUCAAAUUCAUCAAAAAGGAGCCUUUUUUGAGGCACUGGAGCGAAUAUUUUAUUAUUUUAAGCUUGUCUGAUAAAGGUUGAGCUUAAAGCCAUGAAUUAUCGGCUGAUUUUGGUUCUCUUUCUCCUCUCGUUUUCGGGGGUUUUGUGUAAAGCAUCGUCAGAUGUAACCAUUAUAGUUCGCGGCUCAGCCACUAUAGCUGAAACCAGUGAUGAAUUUGUUUGUGCUACUAUUGAUUGGUGGCCUCCUCAAAAGUGUAACUACAAUCAGUGUCCAUGGGGGCAAGCUUCUGUUCUAAAUCUGGACCUACAACAUCCUUUUCUAGCCAAUGCCAUCAAAGCCUUCAAACGCUUGAGGAUAAGAGUUGGAGGUUCUCUGCAAGAUCAAGUGGUGUAUGAUGUUGGAAAUUUGGGUUAUCCAUGUAAACCAUUUUCAAAGAUGGCUGGUGGGCUGUUCGGAUUCUCUAAGGGAUGUUUGAGCAUGGAAAGAUGGGAUGCACUUAAUGCUUUAUUUCAAAAGACAGGGGCAAUUGUCACAUUUGGCAUUAACGCACUCCGUGGAAGACAACAUUUGCAUAGUGGUAUCUGGGCAGGUCCUUGGAAUUCCACCAACGCCCGAGAUUUCAUAAAAUACACAAUCUCGAAGGGUUAUCCUGUUGAUUCAUGGGAAUUUGGAAAUGAGUUGAGUGGACGUGGAAUUGGUGCAAGUGUCGCUGCAGAACAGUAUGGAGAAGAUGUAAUUAGUCUUAAAGCCAUCCUUGAUGACUUAUAUAAAAAUUCCUCCUCGAGGCCAUUACUGGUAGCACCUGGAGGUUUUUUUGAACAGCAAUGGUAUGCUCAGCUUCUUGAUGUAUCUGGAUCAGGUGUUGUUAAUGCCAUGACCCACCAUAUUUACAAUCUUGGUUCAGGUAAUGAUCGCAACAUAGUAAAUAAGAUUACAGAUCCACAAUAUUUGAGUCGAGUAGCAGAUACAUUCAGAACCAUCCAACUUACCGUUAAAAGACAUGGACCGUGGUCUUCUGCUUGGGUUGGUGAAGCUGGCGGUGCGUAUAACAGCGGCAGUCGUCUUGUUUCCAAUACUUUCCUAAACAGCUUAUGGUACCUAGAUCAACUUGGGAUGUCAUCAAAGUAUGACACAAAGGUUUAUUGUAGACAAUCAUUAAUUGGUGGCAACUAUGGCCUCCUCGACACAAAAACAUUUGUACCGAAUCCUGAUUACUACAGUGCAUUAUUAUGGCAUCAGAUCAUGGGCAAGGGAGUUCUCUCUAUUGAUAUCAGUGGAUCACCAUAUUUACGAGCCUAUGCUCAUUGCAGGAAGAAUAAGGGAGGAGUAGCACUAUUGCUAAUUAAUCUCAGCAAAUCUACUGAAUUUGGCGUGUCAGUUAGAAACGACAUCAAUGUCGACCUUGAUGAAGUAGACACCAACAAGGACAGUUCAUUCGUUCACGGUCUUAAAAGAACAGUUUCAUGGGUUGGGAGAAAAGCCUCUGAUGGAGCUGAGAAGAGAGAAGAAUACCAUCUUACUGCAAAGGGUGGGAACCAUUUAAGCAGAACUAUGUUACUAAAUGGGAAAAUAUUGGAGCUCACUGAAGAUGGAGAUAUCCCUGCUUUGAAUCCUGUGCUUGUUCCUGUAAACUCACCUAUAUCAGUUGCUCCCUUGUCCAUUGCAUUUGUGGGGUUUCCCAAGUUUGAGGCUAGAGCUUGUGUAUAGGGCCUAUAGUGCAGAUUGUAUUCAUUUGCUGAUUAAUUUGUAAUUUUUUUGGGACUAUAAUUUUUAAGGGUUCAGGAAGUGGUAAUAAAGCUUUUUUCUCGUCAAGAGAAUGAAAAUGAAAGUACUACUGAAUA